UUUCAUUUCAAUGGGGAAUUUAUCAAUGAUGGGAAGACAAUACAGUAUGUGGGGGGCAAAGAAGCAAUGUCCUUUUUAGAUCGAGCAACCUUGAGCUUACAGAGAAUUCAACAAUGUUUGAGUGAGCAUUAUGUCACAGUGGACGGACAGCAAUUGCACUGGCUCUUCCCUGGGAAGGAUUUAUUUGAUGGAUUGUUGAUGUUGUCUGAGGACAAGUCUGUUGAAACACUGUCAGCAUGUACAACAGAUGCAGGUGUGGCUGAUGUGUAUGUGGAGGAUCCGGCCGUGCAAGAUGAAGAAGUUAGUGAGGAAGAAGAUUGGGCUGAAGACGAUUAUGUAGCUACUGCUGAUGAGAAGAAGUCCGCAAAGGAAAAGCCAAUUGAUGUAGAAAGCAGCUCCGAUGAUAGUGACUUUGUGCCACCAGAUUGUUCAUCGGAUGACGAUGAGGCAGAUGCUAUUAAGCAAGAUUACAAGAAAUUCAAAAGGAGCAAGAAGAUGGCAGCUGAAAAACUUGCACUUGAGUAUGAGUUUGAAGCAUUGAAUGUAGUUAAACCUGAAGGCAAUUAUGAAGAUGACUCAAGUGCCGAAGAGGAUGAAUCUUAUGACGAGGAUAGUGAUGGUGAACUUAUCAAGCGUGAGUCUGAAUAUGCUAGGUUUAAUAAGAAAGCAGAAGUGAUCAAGUUCACCUUGGGUAUGACAUUUAGUGGGAAGAAGGAGUUCAAAGAUGCAAUCAUUCGUUAUGCACUGAAGGAAAGAAAAGAAAUCAAGUUCUUAAAAGAUGAGGGAGUCAGAGUAAGGGCAAAGUGCACAUGGCCUCAUUGUCCUUGGGUGUGUUUGUUGAGGAAAACAUCAAAGUUUGAAAGUUGGCAGAUUACUUCAUUUACGGAGGAACACACUUGUCCAAAAAGGAAAGAUAGUGCACUAGUUACAAGUAGACGGAUUGCAGAAAAGUUUGAGAGUUUGAUAAUGUCAAGUCCAGAAUGGUCAAUCCAGCAAUUAAAGUCAACCGUGCAGGAAAAAAUGUUUGCAAAUGUGUCAAUAUCCAAAAUCAAGAGAGCAAAAGCACUUGUCAUUGGAAAAAUGCUUGCGGCUAAAGAGGGAGAGUACAGCCAAGUGUUUGAUUACCAACUUGAGUUACUUAGAAGCAACCCUGGGACUACUUGUGUGGUCAAGCUUCACCCAGAUUUUGAAGAACCAACAUUCCACCACUUUUAUGUGUGCUUUGAUGCUUGUAAGAAGGGCUUCUUAGCAAAAAGGAAUAUUGAAUGCUGUUCACCACUGGGCUCCAAUGGCAGAGCAUAGGAAUUGUGCUAGGCACAUAUAUGCUAACUGGAGGAAAAAAUAUAGGGAAAAGGACUGGCAAAAGCUAUUCUGGGCUUGUGCAAAAGCACCUUGCACAAUGUUGUUCAAUCUUGCAAGGGCCAAGUUAGCACAAUGCACACCUGAUGGAGCAAGGGAUGUUAUGAACACAGGCCCACAACACUGGAGCAGGGCUUGGUUCAGGUUAGGAAGUUGUUGUGAUUCUGUGGACAACAACAUUUCUGAAACUUUUAACAAA